AGAAUGCAUUUAAGAAUUAAAUUAGAAAUAGUCCUAUAUUUAGGAAGAAUUAGAAUGAAUGGUAAUAAUUUAUUCGAAUCGAGCUCAAUGUUAUUAAAAUUACUUGAUUGCAAUCAGACUGUAUUAGAUUAUAAUAAAGCAUUAAUAUUGAAAAGUAAUCAAUAGAUAUCCUUGUUUAGUAGAUUAAAAGUCAUUUAGGAACUAAAUAAAUUAAAGGAAGCAAUAAAAGGACAGCGAAAAAUUUGUAUUGUUGGGGAAUCAAUAUGAUAAAUCAAUAUAUAGAAGAAAAUUUCGCUCAAAAAAGAAAAUGCAAGAAACUAAUUAAAUAAGUUAAAUAAUUCAAUUUUUACAUCUAACCUUUUAUGAAUGAGUCACUGACCAAUAAGUAAAUCAUCAAGAGAAAGACGAUUUUGAGGUAUAGGUCAAAUUGAGUUACUUUAAAGAAAUAGAUGAUUGAAU